AGUGAGGGACGAGGAAUCGUGACGGUACAUCCGUUACGUGAAAAUAGACACCCCGCUGAGGCAUCUUUCUCACUUAACGUGAGCUCUUUUGACUCUCGCGUGUCUGCAUUCACGAGAAAGCGUUCUUACUCGCUCCCUCUUCUUUCUCGACCCGCUUUGGCUCGUGCUACACUGUAUCACACGUACCCGGACUCAUGAAUGCAUGUGCGAAGCGCGUAAUAUAGUUUUCUCAAGCUUCUCGGGAUACUCUUCCUCCGUUCUUUCUCCUUCUUUCUCUCGUGACCGGUUCCGUAUCGCAUGAGCCGCGAGCGCUUAUUCUCGUCUUUAUAUUUAGCUACCCUGUCAUCGGUUCCGUCCAAUCUAGCCAGCGCAAUACUCUCUGUCUCCAGUCAUCGCAGUUUCGUAAUCUUUAACCACCCAAAAAUAUUGUCAGACUCGCCGCUUUCAUUACUUAUCAACUUAUUCUUCAUCCGUUUUUUCUCUCGCAUCAACCGCUGCGGCUUUCUUUACGGAUUUUCAGGUGUCCCAACCUGUUCAAAGUCACAGGUUUGAUCCGUUAACUCACUCUGGACCGAUAUGAAUUUUCUCGCUUCAUAUUUGUACGCAAUCAUUUAAUUUUACUGGCAUUUUAUCUUUUGGUACUUAGCAAAGUUUACUUUGGCAACAUUUUUUUUCGCUCCAUGUGCCGUUGAAUUUCGCGAGUGCAGGGACUGAAAUUCAUCGAAGCAUCGGGAUUGCUGUUCAAUUUGAGCCGCUGCUCGGGCAGAAUUCGUUAAAUCCAAUAUCGCAAGCUUCGAAUUACUCAUCGAUCGUCGAUUUCCCGGUGCUCGAGUUAUUCAAGCUCAUAAUUAGUCAUCGAUAGCCUAUUAAAAGUGCCCGUAUCAUCGUCUGUUGAAAUAGUACGAUAUCAGUCUCAAAAGAACUAUAAAAAAGUUUACAAUAAAAAAAUCAAGUCACGAUAACCGCGGCUCACGUGUUAGACGAUACCGCUCGUUUCUCUCCGUUUUCCCGAGUGCGGUAAACGAUCCCUCCGACAUUUUAUUGUAUCCCGAGUCGCCCUCUCUUUUUUCUCCUCAGUAACUCGGUGUGCGUUCUCACCGCUGGCAAACUAUCCGCGAAUCUCAUCUUUCGUUUCCUCCUUUCGUACGAGAAUCGAGGAGAAAAAAAUUCAUCAUUUUACCACACUCCCGAUGGGGACUGCGCACGCACUCGCAACCGGCGAACAGAACUGAGCGUCUUCUAAUGCGGGGUACGGACGACGCGGAACGGAUGGUACGGAUCCUUCGAUACCACCGAGUUAUCAAUUUUUUAUUGGCUCCUGCGGUGUCGAAAGAACUCUUUGCGGAUCAGAAAUGUUACGUUAAAUAUCAGUAUCGCGGAAGGCGACUCUGUUUCCGAUGAGUAGCUAGAAAAAUGUGAGUUUUUUUAUUAAAUAUGCCAGUCGAUGCUGCGCGUUAUCGACAAAUCGAGAUUCGUGCAAUUUCAGAGUAAAUUUGUUGACAUUGGAAUUGACGAGUCGAAGUUGAAUGAUCAACGGAUAUAAAAGUAAAUUUUUCUCAUUACUUCCUCGUGAAUCAAUAACGCACAAUAAAAAAAUAAUAAUUAUAAAAUAAGUUAUCGAAAGUUCUGAAGCGAAUUGUUCGGUUGGAUUAUAAAGUGUGUUGUUCUGGAAACUACGAGCCGAGGUCAGUGAAAAUUCUCGGAGAAGUUGUCGAAAAUAUGUGGAAUAAAUAACAAUUGCAAGAUGCCUCAUUACGACGAUUCGUUUCUCGAUUCCCCGUUAUUUCGUCGACGUGCCAAAAGCUACAGUGUUCUAAAACAGGAUGUGCCGAAAUCGAAAACCUUCCAGAUCACUGCUACGCCUCUAUUGCUGGCUGUGACAAAUCAGGCGAGAAGUUUGGCCUCGUCGGCAUCGACCUGCAGCUUGAAAGAAGUCGAGGAGCGAUCGGGGGGCAAAGCGCGAGGUGGCAAAUUAGCCCGGCGCGCCCGAUCCUUCAAAGAAGACUUCCUGGAGAAACUAUCGCAAAUGCGUUCUCCGGCGAUAACGACGGGAGGCGGUGGGGGUGGGAGCGGAAUCGCGACACGCGCCGCUUCACCCUCGUCGCCCCGGACACCCCGUGAUAAGACUGGAAUCCCCGGUGAAUCCCUGGAAAAAAAUCCCCUACGGGAUCUUCACAUUCACGUCAGGCAGGUCCAACUCGCUCUGCUCCAUUUUCGUGACGUAGUCUCGAAAAAAAAACUGGAAAUGUUACCCGGCAAUGGUACCAUCGUUUUGGACACUGUCACGACGAUACACACCGUACUCAAAUCUUAUUUGCUUUACGAAAACAGCUCGACCCUGGGCUCGGCGACGAACCAGGUGUACCAAGCACUGGCUCAACUGCUCAAGCUCUGUGACGACGUGUUGUUGCACGGUGACAAGUCAUCGGCUCUCGACACGGAAAACGUAACUCACGUUAUCGGCCUCGUCGAGGAUGCUGUGAAAAAUCUUGUCGCUCUGGCACACGAGAAGAUAUCGAACAGACAGAAGCCUCCGCCGAUCACGACGAACAACAGAACAUCGGGUUACGGGAGCGAGCUGACGCCACAGAGGAACUCUCUGCCGGACAUUCCAUUGACCCCACGUGAAAGACAGAUAUUGGAACAGACCGCAACGACCAGUAGUUUGGUCAGGAGCUCUCACAGUUCCGAGUCCAUACUGAGGGAUUCUAGUCCACCGCCAAAACCACCCCUACCAGACAGGACGAACGCAUUCACGAUAGAGGAUCAUAACAAAUCCGGUACACCUCCGCCUCUGCCGCCAAAGAGGCGAACACGAGCUCAGCAGCUUUUGGACGAGUCAGACGGUAUAUUGACCUCGAGUCUGGAUCGUGUCUCGCUCAGAAGUCGUUCGCCGGAGGACUCGUCCUCGCUGCUGAGCGCAUCGGCUGGCAGUCUCGACUCAGCGUUGAAUCAUUCUCGCGACGAGGAUGAAAUACGAGCAAUUAUGGGACCGAAUGACGAGUCUCUCAACGACAGUAUGGAUCUCAGUCUCAUUGCUACCAUUCAUGGUAUGCAAGUAAAUGGAACGAAUAACAGUGGCUGCUGGGAUGGCUCUGAAACAAGUAUUCCAAGUACGAUGCUGCUGGGACAGCAAACGCCUCAGGAUAUUCAUAAUGCGUUCACCGGUAUCGAAGGAAAAAUGGAGCGGUUAUCGACGCAAACCCAAGAAUCGGGUUUCGUUUCGAUGCAUUCGCAACGUAGCUCGUCUCAGAGUUACACAGCUUCAACGAGCUUGACGUCAAAAAAUAGUAGCGUUAGUUACAAUUCGCAAACAUUCAAUUCGCAGCAACAAUCGUUCUCGCAUCAAAAGAUAUUGCCGGACAGUAAUGGCUCGAUGAUCAGCCAUCGCAGUGCGACAACCUCGACGAGCAGCAGCUCCAAAAGCAUUUUGAGCACAACCAACAUCACGGGUAGUGGAGACCCGGCAUUGCUCGAAAAAUUGGUAAACGAAAUGGAAGCGAUGACGGGAUUAGAUAUAAAUGGAUUACCGCCAGCGUUGCCGGAAAAGCGAUCAAAACGUCGAAAAGAGAGGCUUCCUUCGCAAUACGAUAAUGUGCCUGAAAACGAGCAUUUAUCGACGUGUAGUCUCCACGGCAGCAGCACAGGUGACAGUCCGGAUGCGAGUAAACCGCCACCGUUGCCUCUCAAAAAACGACACAUGUUCCAAUCAGUGGCAUAUUCCGUCAUGGCGUACAUGGAAAUGUUUGGAAAUUGCUCACACAGCAACAACGAUUUUAUUUCCGGACUUGGCACUCGUCACUCCGUUGCGGCUUACAAUUCGAUGCAGGCCGAAUGGCAGCAACACGAAAUGGCACUUACUACCACGCAAUCGUGCUCUUCCAUGGUUCACACCAUGACCAGUCUUCAUGAUGGCUCCAGUAUAUCGAUUUCAAUGAGCCCGACGAUCAAAGAAAUACCGAACAACACGAUCCAGCUACCACCAGCUCUACCACCAAAGAGAUCACGGUCGAUAAAGUCCAAUUCUACACCACCGCCAGUAUCACCAAAACCAACGAUAAGCAUGCAUAACAUUAGCAGCCCCGAUCCAAUCACAACAUCGAGCCCCAUAAAACUCGAGGACACGACGGUUUCCAUGAGAGAGAAGAAAAACUCGACGUCACCAGGAAUAUUGCCACUGAACAAUAACGUAUCAUUGGAUGUUCCACUUCCACCCUCAAGGCCUCCGAGUAACACAAGGUCCUCGAUAUCCGUAGACGAAAAUACUUUAGAACUGCGUGAUUUGGAGCCGGACGACGGGAUUUUGGAGGAACUGGACAUCAGCAAGUAUUUAGUUUUCAAGAAACCUGAGGAGGACGGGCCGGAUAUCCGGGGCGGGAAUCCUGACGCGUUGCUCAUCCACGCAACCAAAGCCAAUAAGCACGGUCUUUUUUGUACAGAUUUCCUGUAUCAGGAAGCGUUCUUGACGACUUACAGGACAUUCAUGUCCCCUCUUGAGUUGAUACAAAAGUUGCACAGGCGACAUCAGAGGUUCUCGUGCUCACCGGACGUCGUUAAACAACGUGCGGCUCGAGAAGCAUUUUCGUUGCUCGUAAGAGUCGUCAGCGAUCUUACAAUGUCCGAUCUCGACGACACGUUGCUGCAAACAUUGAUGGAAUUUGUGCAACAAUUGGUGUGCAGCGGAGACCUGACAAUGGCGAAAGCAUUGCGUGUUAAAAUAUUAGAAAAACAUGCUAUGAAGCAGUUGCAAGCGACGCAACCGAUACUCUCGUCGUUGAGUGUAUCCACGAAACAAGCCUCGUUGUUGGACUUCAAGAGCGAACAAAUCGCAGAGCAAAUGACUUUGCUCGACGCCGAAUUAUUCAUGAAAAUCGAAAUACCAGAGGUUUUGAUAUGGGCGCAAGAACAGAACGAGGAGCGGAGUCCGAAUCUCACGAGAUUCACAGAACAUUUCAACAAAAUGUCGUACUGGGCGAGGUCGAGAAUCCUCGAACAUCGGAUGGAAAACGAGGCCAAAGAUCGUGAAAAAUACGUCGUUAAAUUCAUCAAAAUAAUGAAACACCUUAGAAAAAUAAAUAACUUCAAUAGUUAUUUGGCCCUGCUGUCCGCUCUCGAUAGCGCCCCCAUCCGACGACUCGAAUGGCAAAAACACAUCACCGAAGGCCUCAAAGAAUAUUGCGCACUUAUCGACAGCUCCAGCAGUUUCAGAGCUUACAGACAAGCCCUCGCGGAAACUCAACCUCCUUGCAUACCCUACAUAGGAUUGGUACUUCAAGACUUGACAUUCGUGCACAUUGGUAACAGUGAUUUGUUGCCAGAUGGAACAAUAAACUUUUCGAAGCGAUGGCAGCAAUUCAAUAUCGUGGAGAAUAUGAAGAGAUUCAAAAAAGGGACGUAUUCGUUCAAGAAGCACGAGAGAAUAAUAACGUUCUUCAACAACUUCAGUGAUUUCUUGUGCGAGGAUGCGAUGUGGCAGAUCUCAGAGAGCAUAAAGCCACGCGGUGGCAAGAAGCCGCAGCCUCAAAAUUAAUGCCCCAAGACGGAAGUAAAAACGCAGGAAACUUGGUGAAAUGGGAGCUGCUCGAAGAUCGUUAAUUCUUUAACAAAAGUGAAAAAUCCAAAAAAAAAAAAUGAGAGUGAAAGAUUUGCUCUCAUGGCGAAGCGACAAGCCUCUGUGAGGUUGAAAACAAAAAUUCGUUGUCCGUGAGGCACAUAGCGAGCUCUACAUCGGCGAGUAAUAACGACGAAAAAUCAAAGAGAACAUUUCUCUCAUCUCAUAACGCUGUUAAUUGUAGAAACAGCAAGAGGAAAAAAAAUGGAAUAAGAAAUUCCCUUGUUUUGCUGUGAACAUAUUCGCCAUUUCUUAACGUACUCUGGGAAACCAAAAGAAAACACGCAAGAACGAAGAACGAAGAUGAAUAUUCUGCGUUGAUGCUGAAAUUUUAAAAGGGCGUGAGGGAAUAUUAGUUGAACGAAAAACAUGUAUAAUUCUCUGUAUUGUGAUGUAUGAGUGUUAAAUUUUAUUUAUUCAAAUAACUCGUGUAUACACGAGUGUAUAAACGUGUGGCAAGAAAACCAGGGAACAGAGAUAUUCACGCAGUGGAGAUUCCUCGUACGAUGUAACUUUUCGAUUUUCUCUCACUUGGCUGUCUAUUAUUAUUUGUAUCCUUCAGUUUAUUCGUUUUACGUCCACACAUCGCACAACAUACGUUUGCGUGUGUUUAUUCACACAUAUAUACAUAUAUAUACAUGUAUAGGUUGAUUAAUAUAUAUAUGUAUAUGUAUAUACAUAAUUUUCUCGUAAAUUUUACGUACGUAGUUAGAAAAAAAAGCGUCUUAACGGUCAACGGCGUUACUGUUAACCACCACAAGGGCGAACACCAAUAACGUUGAUUAAUGUAUAGCCAUUUACCGGGGUGUUCUUCGAGUCUCGUAGGAAGGUUGGUCUCGUGCGAUGCACGAGCCGAUGUUCGCGAGUCCUCAAUUGACACGUGGCGAACGACUGAGACCAACUGUUACAUAUACUAUUGUAUAUGAUUAUUUAGGAAAAAGAGAAGGAAAAAUUACGAUUUGUCUCUCGUUUUAUUAGGACUUUUUUCAUUUAAAUUCAACUCUAAUCACUCAAUCUCCUCUCCGUUACAUUUAGACUUGUCAAUGCGAACAGAUUCUUCGAGAUUUCAGUUUCGAGUCUCGAGUUCUAAGAGGAGAAACGAAAAACGAGAGAAAAUGAUGCUGAUCAUCAUGAAAACAUUGGACGCAUAAGGCCCUCAGAAUUUUUUAAAACUAAUUAUCUUUUUCAAGAAAACACAAUGGGAGAAAUUGCUUGAGGGAUUAUAAUAAAUCCACUUUUCCCGGUGAAUCGAAAACUCAGUGUGUUAAAUAUUAUCGCUCCGCUCUCACUCAACAUUCCACUCUGCGAAAAAAUCUUUAGUAAUGAUGAAAAUAAUUAUUAUUGUUAUUAGAGCAUGGAGCAAGAUCGGAGGUCGGAUUAUCCUAGCAUAUAUCCGUUUAUUAGUCACUUAUCUAUAGUAAUAUCUUGCACCAUUCGCAGGAACGAAGUCUUUGGUAUAUCGGCUAAUCGCAACGAUUUGUAUUUCAUUUUCUCUUUCCUUAUUUUUCAUUUUAUCGUGAAGAGUGAAAGAGAGCAAUUCAUUGAAAAUUUCGUCACAUGUAAUGGACGCUUAGGAUUGCGCAUUUAAUCCUGAAAAAAACGAUUGUAAUAUAUCCAUUUCGUUGCAUACAUCGCACUGAUGCAGAAAAAAAGCAAAAAUUUUGUGCAGCCUUCGAACUUGAAGCUACGAUCUUCUGGUCCACGCACGUUCAAACGAGCCCAAAACGUUUGAAGAAUGAUUUCCGAACUAUCGAGUCUGGAUCCAAAGAAGCAGGAAGUGGCUGCACAAAACGCAUCCAGAUUUUUUCCUCAUCAGUCUGACGUGUGCUCAUUAAAUGUAAGAAAAAUAUAUUCCAAUCGUUGUGCUUAGUUAAAGUAUCGAAAGCAGGGAGUGUCCUGUACGAAAAUCCGUCGGUAUUAUUGUAUAAUUAUCGAUAAUUCUGAACUGUGUCAUAAAAAAUGUUAGUGCGAAUAUGUGGGUGUGAAAGUGAGAGAAAAAGUGGAAUGAAUCCUGGCAAAAGGGCCUAAAAUUUGAACCGCAGAGUGAGUGAGCCCUUCUAUGAAUGACAAAGUUUUAUCUUGUAAAGCGAAUGAGCCGAUAUAGCUGCUACGUCAAGUAGGUACUUUGCCUUGAAUCGUUGUCGUGAGAAAUAUCUCCGACUAUGAAACACCAAUUUUUCCCGGAACAAGAAAAUACGAUGGGCUCGAGCGACCUUCGUUUUAAGCAAACUGUACUGAAAAACAAAUGCAACACCAGCUUAGGCAGCGUAGUAUCAUGCUUUCGGAGAAUUUAUACAACUCCCGAUUUCAAAUUUGUCGUCUCGUUACUCACUCACCUCGUCACAGGGACAUUUCAAACAGCAAUAUCACGAGUGCGUACGCAGACUGCUCCAGGUUGCGUGGUCUCCUCUCGUGAUUUCACUUCUGGAUGAAAAUUCCAGUCGAAAAUAGUCUUAAAGCUCUUGGAUCAAAGCCCUUCGAGAGGCGAAGUCAACGAAGUUUGGAAACAGAAUAAAAAUGCAUGGGACCAAAGUUGCACAGAGAAGAAUUUUCUAAAAAAUAGUGCCAGCCUCGAGGCUUCUCGGGUGAAGGUUCAACUUUGAAGGCGAGUCGAAAAAUCAUUGUUACUCAGUAAAUGUCAAGCAUUCCAAUCGUCCGAUGAAUCUUUGCUCCGUUUUCAAUCAACUUGACAGAACUGUCAGUCAAAAAUCUUCUGGCCUCGAUCAAAAAACAAUUCCAAAUUUUUCGAUUCGAAAUUUCAUUUAACCUUUCAACAUUUUCAUCACUCAACCUGAGACAGUCUGUACACCCGCGUAUACGAAUAAAUACACUUUAGGACACUUUCAUUAUUCACACGUGUUCGGUUCACGAAUUAUCUGAGGAAGAAAUUCUAAUCCCAGACACAGUGGGCAGCCAUUUUUUUAUUAUUUAAAUAUUAUCUGUUCUGUGAUUCGUGCAAGUUUGCGAGUCAAAUGUGAAAACGUUUGUUGAAAAUUUGUCCUCGUUUUAUUUCCUUCUAGCUAGCCCCGUGUACAUCUUAUUAAAUAAGAAGCUUUAUCAAUGUUGUAAAUAAUGAAAUUGUAACGAUGAUCGUUUCUUAUACCACGAUUAUGAUAAUAGUUAUAAUAUUAUUAUUAUUAAUUAUUAUUAUAUCGUCGAAACUACAAUUCAUCUGUAAAUGUAUGACAAAUGCGAAAAUACGUGGACAUACGAACGCAAAAUGAGAAAGAAAAGAAAAUUGUAAACAUUUCAGAACUAUGCGUAAGCAUGACAUCUCGCGAGGCCCGCAUAUAACGCUAAGUCCUUUGUUUUAAUCUCAAUGUGAUGCCAUAUUAUACGUUUUAGCAUUAUACACACACACAUAUAUAUAUAUAUAUUUCUGUAUGUACGACGAAAUUUGAUAAAAGAAUUUUUAUUUAAUUGGUAAAUUAAACGUGAAAAUGAGAUACGGUAAGAUUGAGCUUUUCGCUUGUUUAUUUUUCUUUCGUUCUUUAUAUUUCUUGAGACAUCGUUGAUCGCGGAAAGGAUUCACAUACAUGAUAGGAUCGAAAAACAAACGGGUGCAAUAAAACAAUAAAAAUUCGAGUGGAAAUUUUUCUCGAGCUUGUUCCUCGUUCGGAUGCCAAAUUUUACUUUGCUUCAGCGCUGCAAACUUUUAUUUCGAACUCAAAGCAUUUGUGGUGAAAAAAAAGUCCUCGUCCAUUGCAAAUGUACCGUAUUAAGACGUACUUUUUAAAAUAAUUCGUCCACGUAUCAAUGUUUUUAUAUUGCUCGACGAGUGUCACCUUUUUGAGAGCUACGAAGGCGUUUGUUUUUGUAGUUUCGACUCGAACCAAUACUGUACUCAUACAUUUUUCCUUUUCGACCUGAAACUAAACAAAAAAUUUAAAACAAACGCUUGUUAGAAAAAAAAAAAAACAAAGCGAUGUGAAUAAUUGUAGGGCACGCUAAAUAAUUCAUGAGAUUAUCGUUGGGGGAGCUGGCGUCGCGAGCCAGCAGUUUAGCACGUGAUAUUUUACACGUUUUCAAGUAAUCGUGAUUCUGUGAACCUCGUGAUGAGGAUUCGAACGAAAAAUCCGUUGAUUUUCAUUAUUAUCGCAAACUGAGAUAUAUCAAAAAAAAAAAAAACAAAACAAGUGGAAUAAUGUUAACAAAAUCACAAACUCGGGAUCAGGUUCCAUGCCACGAUGUUCGUUCCCCCGGUCUAAAACACCUCCGCUCUCAAAUGCCUCACUACAAAAAAAUAUUCAUUUCAGUGAAGUCAAAAUGGGGAAAACAUUUUUUGUGGUUAAAAAAAGGAUUUUUGGGAUGUUUGAGAUGGCAGGUGUUUCAGAGUCGAGAAAUGUGAAGAACAUCGUGACUGAGAACUCGAAUGGUGGAACGAAGACGUUUAGAGGUUAAAAACUGAAAAUCGAGUCAUUCGGGAUGCAAAAUCGAUACUGAAACGAGGAAAGUCUUCGACGAAAAAAGUGGUCAUGUUAUCAAUGAAAAACGAUAAAAAGUGAUGAAAUUGAACUUCGACAAGACUUUAGAUCGAUCUAACUGAAAAUUAAGGGUGACUGAACGUUCCGAGGAAUGAUGAAGCUACGAAAUAUCAAAUAAAAACUCUCGCCGAAGUUUCAAAUUAAACGAAGGAACAACAAAACAAACACGCAAAACAAUACAAAAACAAAUUUCAAUCUGAGUGUACCGUUACGAAUAUAGUUAUCGAAUAGUUGUUACUCAUAGCAAAUAUUAGAGAAAAAAAAAAGCAACAACAAAGAAAUACCGAUCACGCAAUUAAUGACUAUCUCGUGUCUUAAAUUAAGAAAGAAACAAACAAAAUGAAGAUUAAACAGAAUUUUUUGCGAAAUAUGUGUGUUACUUUAAGAACUUAGAGAAUCAGUGGUAAGUAUUUAAUAUCUAUGCAAAUACACAAGCACAUACGCGAUCUCAAGAAAUGCUCAAAUGCUCCGAUAAAAAAAAAUACCAAGAUUCUUCCACCGUGUACAGUCCCACGCAGAAGUAGCAUUCCCUGAAAACGUGUUCGAGCCAAUGCCGACGAAGCUUGAGGUUCGGGCCGGUUUUGAUCGAACGUCACUUCUGCCCAUGACGAGACUAGACUGCACCGAAAGUUUAACCAAAAAAAAAUGAGCACGUGAAGUAGACGAAAAACACUGUAAAGGUGGAUAAAAUCGAGUGUACACGACAGCUUUGAACGCGACAGCAACAGCAAACACAUAUCCGUAAGGCUCAGAAUAAUUCAAAGUACGAAAUAGGUGUAUUACAAAAUAAAAGAAAAAAUCUUAACGGGUUGUAAACUGUAGAAACUUUAUCCGUCAGAGCGAGAGAGCGAGAGAAUGACAAAGAAAAAGAGAGAGAGAGAGAGAACAAAUAAUUAACUUGAUUCGAUGCGUUGCUGUUGAUUAUACUUUCAUUUCGAUAGAAGACUUUGACCGCGAGGCACCAAUGGACGUUUCACAACGAAAUCGAUAAACGAAUAAACUCGUGUAAUCAUUUGCAAUAGUAUAUUAAACGAGUAGCGUUUCACUAGAAAAAUAAGACGAGAAAGAGCUCUUUUUUGCAUUAAAAUAAUAAGAAAGAAACAAAAAAAACACAAUAGCGUGUUCCGUAAAGAAAAAAAUUUGGCGGAUGAAAUGGUAAACAAAACAGACUAACUUUCAGAGGUUAAGUUUCAAGACGAAAAGGUGAGCGUGUUUAUCGGUUCGUGGCACAAACACUUUAACCCAAAACACAGUUGCCUCAAUUCCCUAUCCUUGGAAAACAUCCGAAUCGCACACAGUUAAUCGAGCAUAUCAUUGGUAAGUGAGUGAUAUUAAUAUUACACCCCGACGAUCCUUUAGAUAUAAAAUACCCGUACAAACAAAAAAACACGCGCACACAACACACUGACAUGCAAAUUUCACGAGAUUCUUACGAUAAUCGAGUGAAAAUGAUGAAACUGUUACAAUGGAAUUUUUCGGAUGAAUAACUGACGAAGCGAGAGAGACGCAUUCGCGAGUUUGGCUGAUUCUUUUCGAAUUAACGAUCAUGUGUAUCUUUCGUAGUUUCGUCAAAACUCUCCUCAUAUUUUUCUAUGUACUAUAUUUUUCGUCAUUAUUUACGCCGUUCAAUUAUACGAAUAUAUAUGUAUAUACACGUACACAUUUCGUGUGGGGAUUCUGAGAGCGCGAUGAGCGUAGAAGGCGAAGGAGAAAAUAACGAAGAAAUAUGUCGAUGACACGAUUUUAUAAACGUAUUCACUCUACAGACUGUUGUUACGAAAAAAAAAAAAAAACAAAAAAACAAAAAAACAUUCGUUCUAAGCAUUUCUUUCUCAACAUCUUUCACUUCUCUAUGAAGAAUUCAUAAAAACAGGCCCACAUAACACAUCCACUCACACACACACACAAAAAAACAUGAAUACACUUGAUAUUUGUAUAUGCGUUUGAUAUAUGAUUCGAAACACGAUGAAGUAUUUCUCGCUUGUAUGUAACGGACCGAGAAUUUGUAUGGAGAAUGAUGAAAUAAAUAAUAUGCGAAAAAAUCA